CUCUUAAAGAACAAACCUAACAAAGAAGUCAGAAGAAGACACUCUUGAUGAGGGUGAAAGGAUGAUAGAGGGAGUGACAGAGAAAAGGUAGACGGAGUCACAAACACACACUGUAACAGUUUAUAAACAGGUGCGGUGAUGGCGGCGUGGCUGGGCCGCCUGUCUUUGGGCGACGCCUGGUACAACAUGUAUUCCCGCCUGCUGCGAACCAAACCUGUGGGCUCCAUGGCUCAAAGCUCAGACGACCUCACCGAGCUCGGGGAGGGGUCCGCAGUUGGCCUCGCCAAGGUGCUGACCACCGUGGACCUGGUGUCGCUCGGGGUGGGCAGCUGCGUGGGCACGGGAAUGUACGUGGUGUCAGGGCUGGUUGCCAAGGCGAUGGCUGGGCCUGGGGUCAUCCUGUCAUUUAUUAUCGCAGCGAUGGCGUCCAUACUGUCAGGUGUGUGCUACGCAGAGUUUGGUGUCCGGGUCCCCAAGACGACCGGCUCGGCCUACACCUACAGCUACGUGACAGUCGGGGAGUUUGUUGCGUUUUUCAUUGGCUGGAAUUUGAUCCUGGAGUAUCUGAUUGGCACUGCGGCGGGGGCGUCAGCUCUUAGCAGCCUGUUCGACUCUCUGGCCAAUCACAGCAUCAGUAACUACAUGAUAACACACCUGGGCACACUCAGAGGACUCGGUAAAGGUGAGGACACGUACCCAGACCUGCUGGCACUGUUUAUCGCCCUGCUGGUCACAGUGAUCAUUGCUCUCGGUGUGCGGAACUCAGUGGGCUUCAACAACGUCCUCAACGUGGUCAACCUGGUGGUUUGGGUCUUCAUGAUCAUCGCCGGACUCUUCUUCCUCUCUGCCAGCAACUGGGAGGGCGGCAAGUUCCUGCCUUACGGCUGGUCAGGGGUGAUGCAAGGUGCUGCGACUUGCUUCUAUGCCUUCAUCGGCUUCGACAUCAUCGCAACGACAGGAGAGGAGGCGAAGAACCCGAACACCUCCAUCCCGUACGCCAUCACCGCCUCACUGGUCACCUGCCUCACUGCCUACGUGUCGGUGAGUGUGAUCCUGACUCUCAUGGUUCCCUACAACCUGAUUGACGGCUCGGCUCCUCUCAUGGAGAUGUUUGCGGUGCACGGCUUCCUGUGGGGGAAAUACACCGUGGCUGUGGGCGCCAUAGCCGGACUCACCGUCUCCCUGUUAGGCUCGUUGUUCCCCAUGCCCAGAGUGAUCUACGCCAUGGCCCGGGACGGACUGCUCUUCAGGUUCUUGUCACACGUGUCUGCGUUCUCACACACUCCCGCAGUGGCGUGUGCAGUGUCCGGGAGCUUUGCGGCGAUCCUCGCUCUGCUGGUGAGCCUCAGGGACCUGAUCGAGAUGAUGUCCAUCGGCACCCUGCUGGCCUACACCCUGGUUAGCGUUUGUAUUCUCUUGCUUCGCUACCAGCCUGACGAACAGACCGACACGCACCAGUUUAACUCCGGGGAGGACGUGGCCGACCUGAAGAACCAGGACGAUGGGGCUGUCCCCACCAAAGACGACCAGAUGCUGAUCGAAGGCUCAGACGGUGAUGGAUCGGCGUCCUACCACGCUAGCGGGACCGAAGGAGAGGGUGAUAACUCUGAUUUCCACACAGGCAACGCCUCAUUGCUGAAACGGCUUCUGGGAGGUCAUUACUACACCCUGCGGCUGCGGCUGGGAAUUCCCGAUGCUUCGGCCCGGCCCACGCCUGCCACUGGCCGCAUAGUCACCCGAUGCACACUCCUCUUCUUCCUCACCUCCUUCCUCCUCUGGUCCACGGUUAUAUUUGGUGUUGAGCAGGGAACAGGUGUUGCCGCAGGGUUUUCAGGCCUCAUGGCUAUGACGAUGGCGGGGUCCAUGGCAAAGCUUUUGAUUAUGAUUAUACAGCAGCCAGAGAGUGGGAGGAGACUGCCCUACAUGGCGCCCUAUGUGCCUUUCGUCCCUGCGGCGGCCAUAUUGGUCAACAGCUACCUCAUGCUUAAACUGUCUCCCAUCACGUGGGCCAGGUUCACGAUCUGGUGCUUCGUAGGUUUGUUGAUCUACGGUUGUUACGGAGUGUGGCACAGCACGCUGGAGCUGAACGCCCAGGAGCAGCAGGCGCACUCCAGCUCCUACCAGCGAUACGACGACCACCUCGAUGACACCUUCUCCCCCGAUGACAACCUUUACCCCCAGGAACCGGGGGAGAGACCCUACCAGGGCUGGUCUGCCCCGGAGGAGAAGGGAUACCACUACCAGCAGCAUAACCAGUACGAGCAGGAGGGACAGUACGACGACCAAGAUGGAGAGCAGCUUCAGAGCCAGUAUGAGGAUAACAGUGACCAGCAUGGAUACCAGUCCGGACCAGGAGGCCAGUAUACAAGCAGAGGUGGCAGAGGAAGGACCAAUCGUGGUUUUGAUGUGGGUGAAGAGGAGGACUGAUGUGAGGUUGUUUCCUGUUCCUCCAAACUGAAAUUAUGCCAGAAUGAGGAAUACUUUGAAAGUGACUUCUACACGAAACAGUAAAUCAAAUAAUCUCCAAAACAAGCGAAGUCAUACCAAAACAUUUUAUUUAAAUAUUUACCAGUGAACCCCUGCCUUUGUCUGCUCAGUGUGAAAAAAACGUAUCGUUGGAGGAGGUAGGGGAGUUUGAAUGUUUCAACAACUGAAGGGCCCGGCGGCUGCAAAGCUUCGGUAAUUUCUGGUGUCUGUAUGCACCUUUUAACACACACGAUAACAGUUUGUGUGUGAAACAGUGGUGUUGCAAUACAAAAUCCUCCCCCUGUGCUUCUUCUGUCCCUCCAAAUUUUUUCACACCACACUUUGAAUCAAUGACUACCCAUACGACAGACGUUAACCCCUUUCAACUAUUUACCUCACGACUGUCGUAACAAAAUAAUAACUCUUUCGGGUUGUAAAAUCCUGCGGACCUAUUGGAGUCGUCUGUAGUUGUGUAUUGUUUUGGCAUCAAAUAAGCCUUUAAAUUAACAGAUCUGAAACUGAACUUAAAUUCCUGGAUCUUAUUUCAUCGUCUCACAGGUACAGGUUUUGUCGGCGCUGAACUCGUCCCCGGUAACGUGCU